AUGGACGGGCGCUACCAAUUAUUUGAAAAUCUUAGCAAUGAAAUAGUAUACGACAUUUUUGAAUAUCUUGAUGCUUAUCAUGUUUAUCAAGCAUUUUAUAAUCUUAAUAAGCGAUUUAGAAAUAUUCUUAUGUUGUCAAGUUUUCCAAUUAAACUCAAUACAUCAAAUAUAUCGAAAUCAUCAUUUCAUAAUUACUAUGAACAGUUCAUCGUGCCUAGUGAACAUAGAAUCAGUUCGAUGUAUUUAUCGAAUCCAUAUAUCGCCGAUUUAAUUUUACCAGCAUCUGAAAAUAUUGUACUAUUUAGUCAACUUAAGACAUUAGUUAUUGAGAAUAUUGAUUUAGAAUAUCUGGAAAAUAUGCUCGAACAUUUAGCUGCAUUGUCUAAACUCUUUCGUUCAUUGAAACGCUGUGUAUUAUCGUUAAAUGGCAUUGGCAUUUGUGAUUCAUUGCCUCAAAAUGUUGGUACUUUUAGUUCUAUUGAGUAUCUUAUUAUUAAGAAUGAGGUGUCGCUUGUGGAGCUAGUGUCUCUUUUAUCAUACGUUCCUCAUCUUCGUCAUUUAUCAAUCGGUCAUCUAUGUCACUCUUACCGCGAAAGAUAUAAAGAUUUUCCGCUUUUUUUAAAAGAUCUGACACACGUCAAUCUCAAAUUACAACGUAUAACAUUUGAUUAUUUUGAAUCAUCGAUUAUGAAGUUUUUUCAUCAUCUUCAAGUUUUGCGUAUAUCGACGAGUCAUGAUAUCGAAUAUUUAAAUGCUAAAAGAUGGGAAAAAAUAAUUUCAUCUUAUAUGCCUCAACUGCGAGUUUUCAAUAUUGAACAUGAACAUGUGUUAAAGAAUGGAACGGAUAUAAAUUCGUGUCAAAAUUUGACCAAUCGAUUUACGACUUCGUUUUGGACGAAACGAAAAUGGUUUUUUAGACAUCAACAUAGUAGCCUAGAACGUUCAAAUCAUGUAAUCUUUUAUUCAACACAUCCAUACAGAAGAAACUACUAUAAAUUGAGAAACGUAUGCAAUCAAUGCAGCUACCUACGUCAAACUGUCUAUAAUCUCGAUUUAGUUCGUCAUGUUCAUAUCGGACAACAAUCAAGAGUAAAUGAUUGUUCAAUAUACUUUCCAAAUGCGACUGAACUUACCAUAUCCGGUGCUGUUUAUACGUUUGAUGGAUCAGCUUCUAGUUUACUCGGGAAUAUUGUUUGUUUAUCGCAACUCACUAAAAUAGUUAUCGAUUAUAAAAUAACUCAUUUUUCUGAAACAAUUCGAAUCUUAAACUCUGCAUAUAAUUGUCAGACAUUGGUAAUCCACUUUUUUUCAGUUGAUAAAGACCAGGCUUUAUUUACACAAACUAGUGGAACUUUUCGGCUUUUAUCUAGCAGAAAUAAUAUUAGAAAUCUUACUGUCAAAUCAUUGUGCACUUUACAACAAUUUGAAUUCUUAGUACAGUUAUGUCCUCGAUUACAGCAUCUUGAUAUCCAUGUUUCGCAUGAAGAUUUUCAAUGUAUUAUUAAAUACUUCCUAAGAAAUUAUGAAAAUAUUUCGAAUCUGCUUACAUUGCACAUUAAAAGUUCAGAAGAUAUAUGGAUUGAAAAAGUGGUAAAUACAAUUGCAGAAGAGAGACAACUUGGUGAAGUUUCUGCAAAAGUUAUCGGCUAUUUUCAAUGUUAUUUAUGGCGUUAA